UGAGAAGGAUUUGAACUUGCAACCGAGGCAGAGUGGAGGAGACUCCUAGUUGAUGACCGAGCAGACUGCGCUCCGAAGAGAGAGGAAAAGAGAGCGCUAUAACAGCUGGGACCAAAACAUCUGUGCGCUAAUCUACUCUUCUGGACCUUGUUCUGGGACUGGAACCCGGGCUCUUUGGAAACUAGAUCGAAUACUUACUUGAUGGAUAUCAGGACCCAGGGUUUUGUAGAGAUGUUGCAUCUCAGGCACCUGCUCUGUCUUGUGUUUCUCUGUCGUGCGUUCGCUGAACAAGAUCCAUCAUGGAGGAUGAAGGUAGAGAAGGCUGCCCCCGCUAGUGGCUCUCUGGCUGGCAGGGUGGUGCUACCAUGCCACUUCUCCAUCACCCCCACCACCCACAACCCUAGCACACAGGGCCCAGAGGACCAGCUGAGGAUCAAGUGGACAAAGCUGGAGGAAGAUGGGGAGCGUGUGGUGCUGGUGGCCCAGGGAGGAGUGAUCAAGGUGGAGCAGGAGUACAAGGGCAGGGUGUCAGUGCCCAACCACCCCCAGGCAUUAGGCGACGCCUCGCUGAUCGUUGCCAGCCUGAGGGCUAGCGAUGCUGGGCUGUACCGCUGCGAGGUCAUGCAUGAGAUGGAGGACACCCAGGAUACUGUUCAUCUCAAUGUCAGCGGUGUGGUGUUCCACUACAGGUCUGCUUCUAGCCGCUAUACCUUUUCCUUUCCCGGGGCCGUUGACGCGUGUCGCGCGGCCGGGGCAACCAUCGCUACGGCCGAACAGCUGACUGCCGCCUUCGAGGACGGACUGGACCAGUGUGACGCCGGCUGGAUGGCCGACCAGACAGUCAGAUACCCAAUCACGAAGCCCCGUCCUGGUUGCAUGGGCGAUAUGAUGCACAGGCCUGGGAUCAGGACGUAUGGGCUCAGAGACCCUAAAGAGACCUACGACGUCUACUGUUACGCAGACAAACUACACGGUGAGGUGUUCUAUGCUCCUAUCCGUUACAAGCUGACCCUUCGCCAGGCUAAGCGCGCGUGCGAGACGCAGGGGGCGGUGCUCGCCUCCCCUGGCAACCUGUUCGCCGCGUGGCGUGGAGGCCUGGAUCGCUGUGACUACGGCUGGCUGUCAGACGGGAGCGCCCGCUACCCCAUCUCGGUCCCCAGGCCCCAGUGUGGAGGAGGGCUGCUGGGGGUCCGGACUCUGUACCGAUUCCCCAACCAGACUGGCUUCCCCAAACCUAUUGACAGACAUGGAGCGUUCUGCUUCAAGGGUAAGGAACCAGAGAUCCCCCCUCCUGGACCUGUGACGACCACGGAUGCUCGCAGGACAGACACGGCCACAGACGAACCUCGCACUACCUACCACGCAGGCGGACCAAACCUUACAGGCUCAACUCCCGCAGACAGAGCUGACCGCACAGCUGCAGACAAACCACACCAAACAACUGGCCAAGACAGAAGUGAGCAUACAGGUGGACCACACGAUACCGCUUAUACAGGCACAGUCCGACAUUACACUGCCACUGACGGAACACACGCCGCCAAAGACGAGCAUCGCACCACUGACCGCGAGACGACAGGCAAAGACAGAACUACCCAGGAGGAGACAGAACGACAGACCAAAAGACAGACUUCUCUGUUGGUACCACUCAGUUCCCUGAGUACGAUGGGGAGGACUUUGUCCCACCUAACCAAGGUAGAGUCAUUGCCCCCCAUGGGUGAUCCCCUGCUCCCCCUGCAGCUGCCCCCUCUCCCCACCAUCCGCUCCCAGCCCACCCGCCCCCAACUAGACAUCAACCAGGGGGGAGACAAGGAAGAGGGGGAGGUUCAGACAGGCUCAGGCAGGGGGGAGAGCAGUGGGAGUGGGGAGGGGAGCAGUAGUGAUGGGGAGAGUGAGGGGGAUGACCGGGGAGUGAUGACUCCCACACAGGGCUUCACGGCAGACACAGGACUGGGGUCGGACCCCUCACGCCCAGGACAACCAGGGUACCCAGGACAUCCAAAGGGGUAUCCAGGGUUGGUCACCCCAGAGCACGGCCCCUCAGGUGGGGACAAAGUGACAGGACAGCAGCCUGCUGUGGUCUACAAGGAGGAGGAGGGCAAGAGCUCUAGAACAACAACCCACAGCCAACCAGGAGCCACGGAAUCAUACGGCAUGGACAAAUCGGUGGCUAUCCAUGAGGAGGCCUCGCCCACCAAACCACCAAUCCACCUCAUCAUCGUCGACGUGCACGACCGGAACCAAUCAGUGGACCACAUCCUGCAGAUUCUGGGACACCCUUUAGGGGGUAAUGGAGAUUUCCAGUCCCCUCUCAUCCCAGCCUUCCCAGUUACCCAGAGUGAGGCCAUUCGCGGCAGUGAGGACUCUGACGGCAUGCCUCCCAUCCCUUUUCCCCCAAUGCUCAGCUUCAUCAACGGGAAACACCAGCAGGAGGCUAGAGGAGACCAGUUUGAGAUGGCCACACCAGUCUAUGGUGAACUGGGAGGAGAGAUGGAGCAAGGAGAGGAGAAAAGCCCCACUCCCUUUGACUAUGACUCCAUCCAUACUGGAGAGACCAGCGAGUCCACUGCUACAGACACAGCCGGAGAUACAAACAGACACACAGCGAAAGACACGGACAGAGGCACAGGCAGAGACAGGAAAGGAAAGACUGAGAGCUCCAAUGGAACAACCCCUAAUUCCCAACACACUUCCCCAGUCUCUUCCCCAGUCUCAGCCUCAUCCUCUGGUUACCCCCAUACUUCCCCAGUCUCUUCCCCAGUCUCAGCCUCAUCCUCUGGUUACCCCCAUACUUCCCCAGAUGGCGUCUCGCCUGACGAGGACAUGGAAGGGUCAGGCGGCCGUACCCAGGAGGGCUCAGCAGAAGACACCCGACCCACCCCCGCCUCAGACAGCCAAUCAGGCGUGGUCACAGACGAGACGGAGAUUGGAGGGGCGGAGAGUAUCACACACGCCCCGUCUCAUACACACUCUGCUCACACUAAGGACUCAAACACUAUUGAUACUUACACCAAGGACACACACACUCCAUCACACGCACACUCUACUCGCACUAAGGACACAAACACUAUUGAUACUGACACCAAGGACACACACACUCCAUCACACGCACACUCUACUCGCACUAAGGACACAAACACUAUUGAUACUGACACCAAGGACACACACACUACAUCACAGACAGAGGCAGGAGACUUCGAGGGGUCUUCAUCGGCAGAAGAGGAAGGCUCGGCACAGGAGGUGUACCCACCUGAAGACACCAGAUACACUAGCCCCGGCGGUCCUGGAGCCAUCGAAGCUCCCCCGGUGGGGCCUGGGGUGGAGGGACAGGUGACUGUUACACCCAAACCAGAAGUCAGACCAGGAACCAUGCCAACCCAGGCAGGAGAGACUGUAGGAGACCACCGUGGACAUCACACAGACUCUUCUACACAGCACAGAGACCACUCCCGCCAACCUGCCACACAGGAGAAAGAUCUCUCCACUCAUACUAAAGCUCAGACCAGACACCCCUCUACAGAUGGGAAGGACCAAACCAAUCAGCAUAACACACACGAUAGCAAUCACUCCACAGACACUAAGGAUCGAUCCAUGUACCCCCCUACACAAACCACCCAGCGUCCAACACACGUUAGGGAUCCCACCAAGAACCAGACCACAUACCAUAAAGAUCACUCCACCCACACUAAGGACCAAACCAAACAGCCCUCUCACCCUAGAUUCCCCCCCACCCACCAUAAGAAUCAAACCAGUCACUCUACCACAGAUCAGAAGACCCCACAGCACCUGAACCAAACACACACACCCCCUGCAGACCCCUCCACUCCACCUCCCUCCCGCCCCAUCCCCGACUGGGCCCUGACCCCCCAGACCCCCCGGCCUGAGGGGGAGGAGUUUGUGGAUUAUGACCGGGUGAUUGGUCCUCCUCUGCUGGAGGCCGGCCCCCAUGCUCCUAAAGAACCUCAGACCACAUACCAACCUGAAACAGGAACUGACUACUACAUCGUGGACCAGACUGUUGAUGUCAGAGGACUGCAGCAGUGCACAGUGAAUGUGUGUUUGAACCAAGCGUCCUGCUACCAGAGAGGCAGAGCCAGCAUCUGUGUGUGUCCAACUGGAUACACUGGACAGCGCUGCGAGACAGGAGCCAGACCAGGAACAGGACCAGGAACCAUGCCAACCCAGGCAGGAGAGACUGUAGGAGACCACCCUGGACAUCACACAGACUCUUCUACACAGCACAGAGACCACUCCCGCCAACCUGCCACACAGGAGAAAGAUCUCUCCACUCAUACUAAAGCUCAGACCAGACACCCCUCUACAGAUGGGAAGGACCAAACCAAUCAGCAUAACACACACGAUAGCAAUCACUCCAUAGACACUAAGGAUCGAUCCAUGUACCCCCCUACACAAACCACCCAGCGUCCAACACACGUUAGGGAUCCCACCAAGAACCAGACCACAUACCAUAGAGAUCACUCCACCCACACUAAGGACCAAACCAAACAGCCCUCUCACCCUAGAUUCCCCCCCACCCACCAUAAGAACCAAACCAGUCACUCUACCACAGAUCAGAAGACCCCACAGCACCUGAACCAAACACACACACCCUCUGCACACCCCUCCACUCCACCUCCCUCCCGCCCCAUCCCCGACUGGGCCCUGACUCCCCAGACACCCCGGCCUGAGGGGGAGGAGUUUGUGGAUUAUGACCGGUUGAUUGGUCCUCCUCUGCUGGAGGCCGGCCCCCAUGCUCCUAAAGAACCUCAGUCCACAUACCAACCUGAAACAGGAUCUGACUACUACAUCGUGGACCAGACUGUCGAUGUCAGAGGACUGCAGCAGUGCACAGUGAAUGUGUGUUUGAACCAAGCGUCCUGCUACCAGAGAGGCAGAGCCAGCAUCUGUGUGUGUCCAACUGGAUACACUGGACAGCGCUGUGAGACAGAUGUUGAUGAAUGCCAGUCCAACCCAUGUCGUAAUGGAGCCACCUGUAUGGACGGAGUCAACUCCUUCACCUGUUUGUGUCUACCCAGCUACACAGGAGGGCUCUGUGAACAAGGAGCCAGACCAGGAACAAGACCAGGAACCAUGCCAACCCAGGCAGGAGAGACUGUAGGAGACCACCCUGGACAUCACACAGACUCUUCGACACAGCACAGAGACCACUCCCGCCAACCUGCCACACAGGAGAAAGAUCUCUCCACUCAUACUAAAGCUCAGACCAGACACCCCUCUACAGAUGGGAAGGACCAAACCAAUCAGCAUAACACACACGAUAGCAAUCACUCCACAGACACUAAGGAUCGAUCCAUGUACCCCCCUACACAAACCACCCAGCGUCCAACACACGUUAGGGAUCCCACCAAGAACCAGACCACAUACCAUAAAGAUCACUCCACACACACUAAGGACCAAACCAAACAGCCCUCUCACCCUAGAUUCCCCCCCACCCACCAUAAGAAUCAAACCAGUCACUCUACCACAGAUCAGAAGACCCCACAGCACCUGAACCAAACACACACACCCCCUGCAGACCCCUCCACUCCACCUCCCUCCCGCCCCAUCCCCGACUGGGCCCUGACCCCCCAGACCCCCCGGCCUGAGGGGGAGGAGUUUGUGGAUUAUGACCGGGUGAUUGGUCCUCCUCUGCUGGAGGCCGGCCCCCAUGCUCCUAAAGAACCUCAGACCACAUACCAACCUGAAACAGGAACUGACUACUACAUCGUGGACCAGACUGUCGAUGUCAGAGGACUGCAGCAGUGCACAGUGAAUGUGUGUUUGAACCAAGCGUCCUGCUACCAGAGAGGCAGAGCCAGCAUCUGUGUGUGUCCAACUGGAUACACUGGACAGCGCUGCGAGACAGAUGUUGAUGAAUGCCAGUCCAACCCAUGUCGUAAUGGAGCCACCUGUAUGGACGGAGUCAACUCCUUCACCUGUUUGUGUCUACCCAGCUACACAGGAGGGCUCUGUGAACAAGACACUGAGGUGUGUGAGUAUGGCUGGCAGAAGUUCCAGAGCCAGUGUUAUAAGCACAUCACCCACCGUCGCACCUGGGACACUGCCGAGAGGGAGUGCCGUCUCCACGGAGCCCACCUCGUCAGUGUCCUGUCACAGGAGGAGCAGCUGUAUGUCAAUGGUCUGGGCCAUGACUACCAGUGGAUCGGUCUAAACGACAAGAUGUUUGAGAGAGACUUCCGCUGGACUGACGGCAGCAUCAUGCAAUAUGAGCACUGGCGUCCCAACCAGCCAGACAGUUUCUUCCAGUCUGGAGAGGACUGUGUGGUGAUGAUCUGGCACGAGGGAGGACAGUGGAAUGACGUACCCUGCAACUACCACCUCACCUUCACCUGCAAGAAGGGCACAGUCUCUUGCGGCCAGCCACCAGUAGUGAAGGAUGCUCGUGUGUUUGGUUCUAUGAAGCCUCGUUAUGAGAUCAACACUCUGAUUCGUUACCACUGUAAAAACGGCUUCAUACAGAGAUACCCCCCCACCAUCCGCUGCCGUGACAACGGCCAAUGGGACAGCCCCAAGAUCACCUGCAUGAGCCCCGCUACCUACCAGAAGUCUUUCGCUUCCAGGAAACACACCGACAAUCACAGUCAUAACCAGAAUCAGUACAAUCACAAUAAUCACAACCAGUUCAACUAUCAAAACCAACAAUACAACAGCCAAAACAAUCAAGACCAACAGAAGACCAACAACUAAAAGCAAAAACAGCAGAGCGAGAGGAGACAUCAACACUAAUCUGAUCUCUGGUCAGUCCUUAAAAACGCAGAUACGGUUGCAAAAGGAACUUUCCCCACAUUUCUGGAUUUCUGGAAAAUGUGGGAAUUUCUGAGAAAAUGUACAGUUAUUCUGUAUCCCUAAUCCCAGAGCAACUCAGAUCAGAUCCAACGGGCUGGCUAGAACCCAUAGAUAUACAUAUAUAUAUGUGUAUAUAUAUGUGUGUGUAUGUAUAUGUAUGUCAAUUUGUUUGUCAAUUUAUCUGGAUAGGGAAAUGGGGUUAUUUCACAAAGUUUAGUCAUAAUCAGCAAGCUAACUCUGAUAAACUCUGAUAAAACACUUUUCUAGUUUAUAAACAGGUGUUAUGAACAUUGUUACAGAGAGGAUUGAGUCCAUUUGAAAUUCAACCAGGACAAAUUUAAGUUUCAGAAUAUUUAUUUCCGUUAGCUGGCUAACUCGAUUUUGACCUUGCUUCGUGAAAUCCAAAACCCAGAUCACUUCUAAUUCUUUCCACAAACGUGACACCACAGUGCCUUAAUGGUUAACACCGUGUCCAAUGUCCAUCUCCAGAACUGGAGAACUUGACCGCUUCUGCUCUAGAGAUGGACACUUCUCAAUCCAGCGCCUUCUAUAUUCCCAUGAAAGAGCCCAUUAAGUUAAAGGAACAUGAAUUGUUACAUUGUUUCCAAUAUUUGCAAUGUUUUUUUCCCCCCUUCUCUCGCUCUCUCACAGAACGUGAGACGAAGAGCCACUCGUUUAUCACAAUCUUCGGUUAGUCGCUUUAUUUGAAAAGUCACCAUGAAGUGGAAUCUGUCUCAUUAACGACUGUUGCCUGUAUGGUGCACGCAGCAGGACUCAUAUCAGGAACGAGCUCAAUCAGUUCCUUGUAGGAGAGGACGUGACGAGAGGUCCGUGUCAGACGGCGUCUGUGACAGGUCACCUGCGUCAGUGGCGCUCCAGCAUAUACAAACGCAUCCGCCGACGUCUUCUCCUUAAAGGCAAUGUUUUUUUUUAAAGGGAAUGGGCUUCGUACGCUUAACCAAUUUUGUUAUUGUUAUGUGUGCAAUGACACAUGGGAGAAGAGAGAGUGCAAUGACUGUCAGGUCUUGUAGGUGGGAAAAGUUAUGUAAGAAGCUGUGGCCGUUUAAUUUAUUGCAUAUUGUUACACCUAUACACGGCCUGUGAUACUGUUCAACUGAAGUGGCUAUUGUAAGGGUGACUUGUUUGGCUGUUUCCAGACAUCUGCCAUGCAUAGAAGGAAUCUUGUCUUACAUCAUGUGGCCUUCCCAUAUUCUGUUUAGUAAAGUUCUACGAUCCAGAUAUCUGAGCUGUGAUGGCGGGGAUGACUUGUACCUGCGAGUCACCACAAUCUGCUCUCAACAGAGGCGACUUUGAGAAGCAUUCCAAGGCACUUGAGCUAUGACCAUUUAUUCAGAAAUGCCACAAAUAAUGAUUCUUCCCCCGAGGACAGAAAGGACUGGGUGAAGAAACAGCACUGGAAGUUGGUAGCCUAGGGCCUCUGUUCUUCAGUUAGGAUUCUGGUUCGUGUGUCUUCUUUGCUUACUGCUUUCAUCCGUUCUGUCUUCUCUCCCUGUAUGUGUUCUACCAUAGUGUUUUAUCAUCCAAAUGAUGUGUGUUUCUACCCCAGAGAGCGUGGGGUAUGCUGUAUGGGGGGGGGGGGUUAUGUUCUUGUAUCUGUUGUGUAUGUCCCCCCAAAAACCCACUAAUACUGUACCUAUACACCAUCCUGUGCUCCCAUCUCACCUUGCGCUGACUGUGCAAUAAAAAUAAAUAGGAAUAAAGCGAUUUUACCCAG